AUGUUGGGUGCCAACCUCGUCACCAAGAUGCAGGUGUUUACUGUGGACCGGCAGAGCCAAGUUACUCACAAGUCCGAGGAAGAAAUGGCACCUUUUAUCGGAAGGUGCACAGCGCAACUCGCCUUUCAGAGUGACUGGAAGCUCAUCCACGUGUUCUUCAGCAAUGCCAGCCAGUGCCACCUGUGCCCCGUCGCCCAACAGACCAGUCACGUGAUGGAGACCAUGGGCAAGCUGACCCAAACGCUGGACUACCUGCAUCAGGAGGUGAGCCCCCAGGAAGAGACCUGUGGGUGCACACUGGAGACUUCCUCGUUGUCCAGGGCUGUGAUGCAGUGGUCCUACCAGGAAACCUGGAAGAAGCUCCUGGCCUCCAGCAAGUACAAUAAACAGAGGUCCUUUGCGGUUGUUUUUCAGCCCAUCUUCUCGGAGUCAGACCCAUUAACUGCCUUGGAGGCGCCACUGCUCCAGGAUCCCACCUCACUUGCCCUGCAUCUCUGGAACAGCAUGAUGGAGCCAGCAGGAGAGAAGGAUGAGCUAUUUAAUGCGGAAGAGAGAGAGCCACUAAAAUGCCCCACUCAGAAGAGAGAAGGAGCCGAAGUCAGGUGCCCUGACCAGGACCCCUCCGACUCGAUUCCCACCUCAGUUCACAGGCUGAAGCCAGCUGACAUCAAGGUCAUUGGAGCCCUGGGCGACUCUAUCACAGCAGGUAAUGGAGCUGGGUCCAAGCCUGGGGAUGUCCUGGAUGUCUUGACUCAAUACAGAGGCCUGUCUUGGAGCGCGGGCGGAGAUGAGAACAUCAGCAAGGUCACCACCCUGCCCAACAUCCUCCGGGAAUUCAACCCUUCCCUGAAGGGCUUCUCUCUUGGCAAGGGGAAGGAAAAUAGUGCAGGAUCCCGUUUCAACCAGGCCGUGGCUGGAGCCAAAGCCGAGCGAGGGUCUGGAAGUGGUCACCCGUUGAGUCCGAGGAUAAAUUUUCAGGAAGAUUGGAAGAUAAUAACGUUGUUUAUAGGAGGCAAUGACCUCUGUUCUUCUUGCAAAGACCCGGUUCCCAGGGCGUUUGUGAACCUGGUGGUGAUGCUGGAGAUCAUUACCCUGAGGGAGCUGUACCAGGAGAAGAGAGUGAGCUGCCCAAGGCUGAUCCUCAGGUCUCAGUGUCCGUGUGUCCUGAAGUUUGAUGAUAACACAACAGAACUCGCCACCCUCAUUGACGUGAACAGAAAGUAUCAGGAGGAGAGCCACCUGCUGGUGGAGAGUGGGCGGUACGACACCAGGGACGAUUUCACGGUGGUGGUGCAGCCCUUCCUGGAAAACGUGGCCAUGCCCAAGACCGCGGAGGGGUUGCCGGACCACUCAUUCUUUGCUCCCGACUGCUUCCACUUCAGUGCCAAGGCGCACGCCCAGGCAGCCUGUGGCCUGUGGAACAACAUGCUGGAGCCUAUCAACCAGAAGACCUCACGGCAUGAGUUUGAAAUCAAGGUCAACGUCACGUGUCCAGAUCAGGCCUGGCCGUUUCUGAGCACCUACAAGAACCUGCAGAAUCAUGGGACAUGGCUGCCAUGCAUGGAAAGAGCACCUUCGCCCUCUCCCCCCACCUCAGUGCAUGCCCUGAGACCUGCAGACGUUCAAGUGGUGGCUGCUCUCGGUGAUUCUCUCACUGCUGGCAAUGGAAUUGCCACCAAGCCAGACGACCUUCUUGAUGUCACGACACAGUAUCGGGGACUGUCAUACAGUUCUGGAGGGGAUGGAUCCCUGCAUAACGUGACCACGUUGCCUAAUAUCCUCCGGGAGUUUAAUCCAAACCUCAUCGGCUACGCAGUGGGUACCGGGGACGCCAACAACACCAAUGCCUUCCUUAACCAGGCUGUUCCCGGAGCCAAGGCCGAGGACCUCGUGGACCAAGCCCACGCUCUAGUGCAGAGGAUGAAAGCGGACACGAGAGUGGAUUUCCAGCUCCACUGGAAGGUCAUCACCGUGCUGAUUGGAGGCGCCGAUCUCUGUGACUACUGCAUGGACUCGAAGACGUAUUCCGCAGCCAACUUUUUUGAACAUCUCCGCAAAGCCUUGGACGUCUUGCAUAGAGAGGUGCCCAGAGCCCUGGUCAACCUCGUGGACUUCAUGAGCCCCAGUGUCACUCGACAGGUGUUCCUGAAGAACCAGGACAGGUGCCCAGUGCAGCAGGCCAGUCUUCUCUGUAACUGUGUUCUGAGCCCGCGGGAGAACUCCCAAGAAGAGGCUAGAUUGGCCGUCAUCACACAAGCCUACCAGAACAGCAUGCGUGAGUUGGUGGAGUCGGGCCGCUAUGACACCCGAGAAGACUUCUCUGUGGUUCUGCAGCCCUUCUUCCAAAACCUCCGGGUCCCAGAGCAACAGCUUCAGCCACUCGGAAUGAAGUCAAACACCCUGAACCUGGCAGCAGUGAUCCCCGUUUCUUGCCCCACCAAGGAUGAACCCUUCCUGAGGACUCCCCGGAACAGCAACUACACGUACCCCACCAAGCCAGCCAUUGAGGGACUUCUACUCUUUCAUCAGCUCCAGCCUGCAGACAUCCAAGUGGUGGCUGCCCUGGGUGACGCGCUGACGACAGCAGUGGGAGCCCGGCCAAGCAACUCCAGUGACCUGUUAAUGUCCUGGAGGGGACUCUCGUGGAGCAUUGGCGGAGAUGGGAGGCUGGAGACCCACACCACCCUCCCCAACAUCCUGAAGAUGUUCAACCCUCAGCUCCAGGGCUUCUCAACCGGCACCCAGGCGGAGACAGCAGGGCUGAACGCAGCCGCGGAAGGGGCCCGGGCUCGAGACAUGCCGGCCCAGGCCCGGGACCUGGUGGAGCUGAUGAAGAAGAUCCCCGAAAUCAAUCUGGAGAAGGACUGGAAGUUAAUCACUCUCCUCAUCGGGAGCAACGAUUUGUGUCAUUACUGUGAGAAUCCGGAGGCCCACACCGCUCAGGAGUACGUUCGGCACAUCCAACAAACCCUGGACAUCUUCUACGAAGAGCUGCCGAGAGCUUUCAUCAAUGUGGUACAGGUCAUGGAGCUGGCUGGCCUGCACCAGGGCCACGGUGGGAAAUGUGCCAUGCCGCUGGCUGCUCAGAGCAACUGCACUUGCCUGAGGGGCUCCUGGGAGAACGCCUCAGAGAUGCAGAUGCUGAAGCAACUCAACUGGAACUUCCAGAGCGGCGUCUCCAAGCUGGCCUACCAGCACCGGUACCUGCAGCGGGAGGACUUUGCCAUUGUGGUGCAGCCAUUCUUCCAAAAUACUCUCGUCCCACUGAACGGCGGAGGGGGCGCCGACCUCACCUUCUUCUCAGAUGACUGCUUCCACUUCUCGGAGCGCGGCCACGCCGAGCUGGCCAUCGCCCUCUGGAACAACAUGGUGAGUGACCCAUGUGGGGGUGCUGAACGCCCCUACUUCUACACCCUGAGGAACAGCCAGCUGCUUCCAGAGGAAGCAAAGGAACCCAGCACUGUGAUCCAAUGGGCGGUGCCAGUGGCAGCGGGACUCGGCCUUGUGGUUGGAGCCGGCGUGGUGUUAGCCUGGAGAGCGAUGAGAGGUUGA